GAUCAAAUGUGUCCGAGAAGAGGUUAGCUGCUUUUUAAAAAUAGAAUUUAUUUAUAAACCAGAAACGGCAAUUUUAUAACGCACGACUAUUCGGUAAUUGCGAUGAAGUAAGUGUGACAUCUGCUGUGUAAAUGAUGGUGAUUGCGAAGAGCGUCACCGUGGUGUUGGGGCUGUCCGUGUGUGGCAUUUCCGGCUACUUGCUCUACCUUUUUUUGAAAAAAGACGAAGAUGACGAUUACAGCGACACUAUCAACAAAGCAUCGAACUUCAAAAUGUUGAGGGUCCCCAUUCCUAGAGACAUGGUGAUACCGCUGUUGGGACCGGGUGGCAGGACCCUCCAGCAAAUGGAGGAGCAGUCGAACACCAAAAUCAUUUUCCAGGACUACCAAGACGCGUUCGGGGUUCAUUGUAUUGUGAGGGGGACAAUCGAGGCUUGCCACAUCGCCGAGAAUUUGAUUCUAGAGUUCGUUAGAAACCAGCCGCCGGUGGUGUCGGAGGACAUUUUCAUACCGCUGCCGUGCAUCGAGAUGUUGAGGGACAAAAUCACGGAGAUUUGCUCCACGUCGGGGGCGAAAGUGUCGGCGGACAGCGACAGGUCGAGCCCCUUGAAACGACUAACAAUCAAAGGCACCCAGGAGCAGAUUUCUGUAGCUAAAUCUCUGUUAGACAAAGUGGUUGAAAAAUACCAGCGAUCCCAAGAGCAAAUCGAAGCUACUUUGGCCAAACGCGAGCCGCGACUGCCUCCGAAAUCCGGCGACAGCCCCAAGUCGAUCGGGAGCCCCAAAGUCGAAAGAAUAUCUCCGGUACCAGGCCAACCUGAUGCCCAAUUCGAGGUCUACGUCUCCGCAAUGGUGGACCCAUCCCGCUUCUGGCUCCAAAUCGUCGGCCCCAAGGCCGCCGAACUCGACGUCUUGGUCGAAGAAAUGACCGAAUACUACCGCAAACAAGAAAACCGCGACUCCCACGUCGUCGAAAAGGUGAACAAAGGCGACCUCGUCGCAGCCAUUUUCCAGUACGACGGUAAAUGGUACCGCGCCGAAGUCCUCAGCAUCACCGACGAGAACCCACCGCAGGCGGAACUCUACUACGUGGACUACGGCGACACCGACCUGGUGCCGGUCGAGGAGUUUUACGAGCUUCGCACAGACUUCCUUCGGCUGCAUUUCCAGGCCAUCGAGUGCUUUCUGGCCCGAAUCGACCCCGUCGGCGAGUCGUGGUCUGUAGAUGCCGUCGACAAGUUCGAGGAGUGGACCCACGUCGCGCAGUGGAAGAAGCUGUCGGCCAAGAUCAACGGGUACUGCGUGCGGGAGCGGACGCGGGCUAAGAGGGAGGGGUCGCCCAUGCCCGGGGUGGACUUGUUCGACGUCAACAACGAACAAGACGUGGAUAUUGCUCAAGAAUUGGUCAGUCACGGGUACGCCGUCUUCAAGAAGGACGUCGACUUGCGACCGAGUAGUAGGACGACUAGCGUUAGUAACGUUAGUGUAGCUUCUAGUUCAUAGUUUUUUAACCUACUUCUUGGAUCAAUAAAUUUUUACGGUUUUUCUAAUUAUGCUGUUUGCCAUUUUGUUUGCAUGCGACUGUUUACCGCGUACAAAUUACGUAGGUUAGUGUAUAUUUUUUUAAUGAAAGAGUAUUUUGUAUACAAGUAUGUAGGGUGAGCCGCUUUUCUUCCACAUUUGACGCUUAACGCUGCGUUUUUCUGUGACAAUCCCUUCAAGGUAGAGGCGCUAGUACUAAUUUAUUUUAUUUUUAAGAAGAUUUGAUUAUUUGAGUCGCGUACUUAUGUAUUUGAGCGCUGUUAAGUGGUCGUUUCCUACUUUUUACGUAAUUGUAUUAAUCGUCAGUGUUUAACAUAUAUCAUAUGUAUAUGUAUGGAUGAUAUACAUAUACAUACGGAUAAUAUAAUUCAUUUUAACGUGGAAAUUUGUGCCUUAUGAAUUUCUUCAACACAUUCUCAUUUGUUUAUUGUGAUGAUGUCUCCUGUUGUGUACAUUUCUUUAUAUUACGUUAAAUAAACCCUUUUAACAGGU